AAUAUCUCAUUGUAUUAUAUCAAUAUCGCUCGCAAAUAUUCCGCGGUACAAGGUGUUAAAAUCACGUUUCGUAGAAUGCGCAGCUCUGUUGGAUUGUCCUAGCUCAACGACGAGUCAUUAAUCCGAUCUAUUUUGCAGCGGGUGGUUAUAUGUUACAUAAUUAUAAACAUGCGACGCAUCACGUGAUUUAGAGUCUCCCCGGUGUAACGCAUCUGGACCACGGGUUCAUAUAUCUAUGCCCCUGAAUAUUAGUAUCCUGACGAUCCGUUUCAACGAUCAGUCUGAUAGCAGCCGCUGAGGAGAGACAAAGCGAGUAUUGUUCUCGAGGACAUCCAACGACAUCGUCGUUGGACGUACGCACACUUGCAGGCCCAUCGAAUGCGAGCACAGGAACGCAACAACGAAUAACAUCCAAUGAGAAAUCAGUGUCGAAAGGUCCGCUGUUCUCUAGAGGGUCCAGUGUGUUUGUGGAGGAUCCCGGUGCCAGUAAAGCGGUGUCAAAGACUGAUUACUGGCGCCAGUAAUCGUUGCCCGCGUAAAUCCCGCUCGACACCUUCCUGACGACUUUCGAAGGAUUACGUAGAAGGGGUAGACGUCUGAUCAGAGGGGUCGUUGCGCAGUGCAGAGUAGCCGUAGUCGCGUUGCGGUUUCGGGGGUGCGCAGACGGGGGUGGUGCUGGCUGUCCCAGCGUACCUUGCUUCGUUUUUCAGUGCUUUUCGCGUUAUACCAUCGACUACAACGUUUCAUUGUACGUCGCUUGCGACCAGUCUCGAAAAUCCUACGGUUGACCGUGGUUCGAAACCCAGCUUGGUCUUCCUCGGUGUGCUUUGAGUCAAAGCCUUUGACUCGCAGCUGGUGCCAACGUCUACGCACAUGCACGCUGCUGCACGUGCACGAGCUUUACUCAGGAUGCUCGCGAUUCUGUUGAUACUGAUGCCAACGCUUUGGCACGCUGCAGCUCAGUCCAGCGUGUUGGUAGCGGACACCACCAUGUCCAGAAUGGUGGAACUGAUCGCGGACGCGCCAUUCUGUGCUCUAUACACCGAUCGUGGCGUCAUACAAAGCAUGGUCCUCAGCGCAGACCCAAAGAAAGUCCGUCAAAUGUCCAGCAAUCUCGUCGCAGACCUUGUAGAAACUUGCAAAGCCUCUCGCGAUAAGGGAAAAAACCAAAAACCAGGAGGAGGCCUGAUAUACCCUGGCACCAAAUGGUGCAGACCCG